AUGCCACCUAAACAGGUAUGCAAAUUCUUUCAACAGGGUAAUUGCCGUUUUGGGAACUCGUGCAAGUUCUUUCAUCCGUCAGGCCAGCUGCUUUUUGGCUCGCAACCGACCAAUCUGGCGUUAAAAGCCUUCCAAGACAGAAACCCAAAUGACUUGGCUAAAACCAUCCAGACUGAUCUCAGCGAACUCCCGUAUUUUCAAUUCAAGCCCACUUUGACAACAUACGGUUACAAUGAGUUUACGGCCAAUAGUUUGAUUGAAGGCAGGGAUAUGUCGGCUGAAGAGCUCAGACUACAGUACAUGGAGGCAGUCGCCAACAAUAGUUUGCAGGCUUAUGACAAGAACUUGGAAUUGAGGCAAAAGGAUAUGGAGUAUUGCGUCAACGAAAUCAAAUCGAAGGACAGCCUCGCCGCAAGAUACCAGCAAGUCGGAGCGACACGAAAAGAACUGAUCAAGCCGUUUAUCCCCAAGACAUUAGAGCAGAGUAUUAACGAUUUACAGAACAACGCUGGUUUUGGUGGGUCCGGUUUUGGUAACUCUGGAGGCUUCGGCUCCUCUGGCUUCGGCUCCUCACCAUUUGGAAACACAGGUGGGGCCUUUGGUUCACAAAGCACAUCUGCCUUUGGACAGCAAAAUACACAACCUUCGGCGUUUGGACAGCAAAACACUCAAAAUUCGGCCUUUGGUGGGCAGAACACUCAGAACUCAGCUUUUGGCUCACAGAAUAACCAGUCCUCUGCGUUUGGCCAAAGCGGAUUCGGGCAACAACCCUCAGCAUUCGGCCAAUCAGGAUUUGGCAAAACAGAUAAUAAGAAUUCGGCCUUUGGCAGUUCAGCUUUUGGCUCUCUGGGACUGACUGGCGGAGCUUUCGGCUCACAAAGCACUGGAGGUGCGUUUGGAUCUCAAAAUCUGGGCGGGGCCUUUGGUUCCCAGACUUCAGGAGGAAGCGGUGCUUUCGGCUCUCAAAGCACAGGCGGAAGUGGCGCUUUUGGCUCUCAAAAUACAGGUGGAAGUGGUGCUUUUGGGUCGCAGAACACAUCAGGUGGAGGAGCUUUCGGGUCACAAAGUACAUCAGGAAGCGGAGCAUUUGGCAGCCAAGGUACUACACAAAAUAAACCCGCCCAGCUGAAUUCUGGAUUUGGCCAAGCGGGCUUUGGCCAGGCAGGCUUCGGACAAUCAGGAUUUGGACAGUCGGGCUUCGGCCAGUCAGGGUUUGGCAAAUCAGGAUUUGGUCAGUCAGGGUCUGGACAAUCAGGCUUCGGCCAACUGGGGUUUGGCAGCUCUAACACAAGCAAUACCGGUAAUUCAGGCUCUGCCUUUGGCCAGUCUAGCACAUCCACUCAGUCGGGUUCAGCAUUUGGUCAAAGCGGUUUUGGCCAGACCAAUACAAACAGUGCAUUUGGAGCCGCAAAGACACCAGAACCCUCUGGAUUCGGCCAAUCGGGUUUUGGAGGCUCUCAGCCCAGUGCCUUCAGUGGACAAGCACAAUCUCAAUCUGCAUUUGGUCAAAGUGCACCAAAUACGACCUCACCAUUUGGCCAGGCUGCAGCCCAACCAGCACAAAAUCCAUUCGCUCCACAGCCUGCGGCUGGAACCCAGGCACCAACGCAAACCGAUUCAGGAUUUGGCGGUUUUACAAGUAAUCAGGCCUCAACCACAUCACAGGCAAACAGCACUACUGAGCCUUACCCAGAUGCAUACGAUGAACCUGCUUUCACCCUCGGCAAGCUGCUCUUCACGGAGUUUAAAAGCAAGUACAUCCAAAUGACUGUCUGUCCUGAGUGUGGCAACCUAGCAGACAAGUAUAUAGAGUUCGAUUAUGUCAUACUCUUUUUGGAUGUGCUCCUCCUCAAACCCCAAGCAUACCGGCAUUUGGCAUACAACGUCGUGGAAAGCUCCAUUUUUUCCAACAAAAACAGUAUACCCUUUUUUGAAAGGUACAAGCUGCUUUUGCGCUAUGCUGCCCUCACUAUCCUCUUUGAGGUGUACCUCAAUUGGGCAUACGAGGAAAAGCAUGAGACGCAUAGUAUCAUAGUGGCACGUAUUUUGCAGAAACCAGUUCCGCUUCAAUACUUGUUUUUCAUAUACCAGCAAUUGGCCGAGCGUGUUGUGCUCUGUGUGCUUAUAGACAAGUGCUUCAGGUUCUUUAUAGGCUGGGGAAAAGAGCCCAAUAAUAACCUACCUCCGAGGUUUCAACGAGGAUACCUUGUGGCUGUGCUCUUGCUGACGGUUUUCAUGUCCUUAUCCAUCAAAUGCAUUCCCAUCAUCAUGUUGAUUUGGCCUUACGAUAAUCACACUGUGGCUUCGGCCGUGGUUGAUAUCCUAGGCUUGAUCAAUACCAUCGAGGCACUUCGAAUGAACAUUGGAUCCUCAUACUUGCUGACUUCAGCCAUUGUCGUUGGCGCAUCCAUUGUGCUGAUCUUGUUCCGCAAGUUUGCAAUCAGUCUUUUGCUUGCGGCUUUCAGCGACUCAACAUUCACCCAGUUGUUCGUUGGCGAGCUUGUACUUUGGCAGGAACAGGCUAAAAUGAUCAAGUUACUCUUUGCCGACUAA